AUGUUGGCUGAAAUAAACUCAAUCGCCGAUCUAACAGCACAAUAUCCUACUGAAAAAGACAUUUGCCAUCUCCUGAUGGAUGAAGAUCUUCUCCACAAAACUGCCAAGUGUGACAAGUGCGGAAACAACAUGAGUCUCAGAAGCAGAGGAAGUUCUUAUGAGUGGCGAUGCCGUGUUUCGAAAAGCCAAGACUGUUCAUCGAAGUCCAUCAAGUAUGGUAGUUUUUUCAAAAACACCAAGCUUACGCUCACUCAAGCUACCAAAGUGAUGGUUAUGUGGAGUUGUCAAUACACAUCAAGUCAAAUCUCUAAAGAGGUUGGGAUCUCGGAGAGAACAACCUGCGAUUGGAGAAAUUUCCUCCGCGAAAUUUGUCAAAAAACGGAGAGCACCUAUGGGAAGAUCGGAGGAAACGAUCAUAUUGUGGAGAUUGAUGAGACUAAUCUACAUAGUCGAAAAUACGGUGUUGGCAAGGGAACUAACGAAGAUUGGAUUUUUGGGGGGAUUGAUAGGGAAUCAGGCAAAGUCUUCAUGAAACGUGUUGUAAACAGAUCUGCUAGUGUUCUGGUUCCGCUUUUGCAAGCGAACGUUGAGAAGCGAUCAGUGGUGUAUUCAGACGAAUGGCGAAGUUAUUCCCAACUCAAACGAUAUUUCACUGAUCAUUACACUGUCUGUCACAAGACACAAUUUAUCAAUGUGGUUGGAACUAGACGUGUCUGCACGAAUGGUGUUGAAUCAAUGUGGUCGAGACUCAAAAAGCCAUUCAAGGCGGCGAAUGGAACUAGCUCGGCACUGCUGGACUCUUAUCUUUCGGAAUUCGUAUGCCGAGAAAACGAAAAAGAUGAUUUCUUCCAGAGCGUCAUCAAUGGAAUGAAGAUCUCUUAA